UAAAUUUGCUCUAAGAUCCUACUUAUAUCUCCGCUCCCCCUCCUCCACAAAUCUCAUCCUUGAAAUCAAGUUUUCUUCCUCCAAAUUCAUCACAGACCAAAAGAAACUUCAACAACAUGUUCAAGGGAACAAAGAAUUACCUCAGGAUGACAACUGAUCCAACUGCAUCUGAAGCAGCAUCCAAGUUAAUCAACUCAGAUUUGAAAGAAAUCGGAGAUGCUACCAUGAAAUUAGCCGAUCAUGUCAUGAAGCUCGGAGUCACCGGUGGUUUCAUUACUACCAGUCUUCAAUGGUUCGCUUGCUUCGCUGCCAUUUAUUUGCUGAUACUAGAUCGAACAAACUGGAGGACGAACAUGCUAACUGCACUUUUAGUCCCUUACAUCUUCUUGACUCUUCCUAAUUGGCUCUUCGGAAUUUUGCACGGAGAUAUCGGGAAAUGGCUCACUUUAGUCGGAGUCGUAUUGCGUCUCUUCUUCCGUGAACAUUAUCCAGAAUAUCUAGAAUUACCGGGAUCUUUGCUCCUAUUGGUUGUGGUGGCUCCAAGCUUCGUCGCCGGCUAUGUAAGAUCAGAGUGGAUCGGAGUGGUUGUCUGCUUGGGUAUCGGAUGCUAUUUGCUUCAAGAACACAUCAGAGCUUCUGGAGGAUUCAGGAAUGCAUUCACCAAAAGCAACGGAAUUUCCAAUUCCAUCGGUAUCGUCCUCUUAUUUGUCUUCCCAGUUUGGGCUUUGCUCGGCUUACUGUAAUUUAACACCAGUCUUGUUUUCUGUGUAUUCGUUAAUCAUUCAUGAAUCCUUCGAUAUUGAUUAUGUGUGUAUUCAAAGUCCCCUUUGUGUUUAUGUGAUUUAAGAAUUUUUUGUUUGUUUGAUUUGAAUCCAUACCUACUGGGUUUGAUUAUGUUCUACAUGGUGUUAAUGACUUAAUCGAUCGAUUUUGUUCAAAGGGUA